AUGGAUUCUCCGACGAGCCCCACCCAAAACUCUAGCUCCGUCCACGCCGAUUCGAUAAUCUCAUCCCUCCUUUCGUUUCCAGAUUCCUCUCCGCUCUCCAUUGCCUCUUCCUUCCAUCGAGAGCUCGAACAAGCUCUCGCCUCUGCUUCAGAUGACGCCUCUGUUCAGGAACGUCUCGUGGAUCGAACACUCCAGCUCGUAUCUCUUCUUCUAGAAUCCACUAAACGGUCCUUCCGCAAGCGAGCUACCGCUCACAACUCCAGUGCCUGGUUCCUCCCUCCCGAACUCACCGUCAAGGUGUUUUCGAUGGUUGAUACAAAGUCUCUAAUGCGCGCGGCUGCUUGCUGCACCAUGUUCAACACAUGUGCUAUGGACCGUUUUGCAUACGCUCACGUCGACUUGACUACCGCUACUAGCCAAGUUGACAGUAAGGUUGUGUGUAACUUGAUCCAUAGGGCUGGAAAAGAACUCAGAUCACUCAAGCUUGGCAGUCUUGCUCGCACAUAUCCGUCUGAUUGUAAUCCAUCUUUGGUUAACGGACCUUUUCUUUCCACACUAUCCCGUAAUCCUGAUUUUAUUGGGAAUCGCUUGAAAAGCCUAGGGCUUUACAAUAUCAGGUCGAUGAAUUCCUCAUUCGAGGUGUUGUCAGUUUGUUCGAAUCUCACUGAUCUGAGGAUUGUUGGAUUGAACAAUCCUUAUAUGCAUUUAUUUAAGAUUCUGACAGAAAAAUGUCGGCUGAUAGAGUACCUGUUCAUAGAGACCUACCAACUCCCAAGUACCAUAAUAGAUACUGUAAAAGGUUCACACUUGAUAAAGUUUGUGACCAACUCCCCCAACUUAACUUCUCUCAGGCUCAUUCGUUUUCGACUAACCGAUGAAGUGGCACGUAUUCUUGCUCAGAGUUCUCGUACACUGGAGUACCUGAAUUUGUCUAGAUCCCCUACAAUCAAUGGUCGUUUUCUGAGGGAUGUAAGAAAUAGGUGCAAGGAGAGUCCACUCAAGACUCUAAUAGUGCGCAACUGCCUUAAACUGCAAGAGAAAGAAGUGUUGGAACUCUGUAACUCACUAAUCAAAGGAAACUUCAAAUCCAUUCGGCACAUUGAUGUUUCAAAUAAGAGAGGCUUAGUUUCUGAUGAUGGCAAGAGAUCUUACAAACCAAAGUUUCCUCUUCAGAAGCUGAAAGAAGAAAGAUCAGAUGUCACCCUUGUGGCAGAGUUUCCAUCACUAUGGUCAGUGAAGGAUUGUCCUGUUUGCCAUGAAGAAGAUGACGAAGAGCUGAGGGAGAUAGAGAUGAUGGAAGAUGAUGCCUCAUCCUCGGAUGCCUCAUCCUCGGACGACGAAUCCUCGGAUGCCUCAUCCUCGGACGACGAAUCCUCAGAAGAUGACUUAGGAUGA